CCAAGACACUGGGCAUCCGGAGGGCUCCACGUGACUAUCUUUACACUCGUAAAUCCAAAACUUAUAAGUAUAGCCUGUUGUCCUCUCACAGGUCUUCUACAUCUUGACCCCAUAUCUGGCACGCUUGCUGGGAAGAAAUUGUUUGAAUGCAAGGUGGCCAGAAAAAUUAAUCAGGGACUCAUCAACGCAGAUGUUUUGCUGGGGAGUAUAGACAUCUGCAAAUUUUUGGUUAAGGUGAUUUGCGAGGGGCUGGUUUUUGUGGAGCCAGUCAAAUUCAUGGUCACCCCGAGGAUGACAAAGUGUAUUAUCAUUGAAAUGCAUAAAACACAUUAUACUCUCUAUGCCUGGCCAUGGCAGCAGAGAACACGGGCAUAUGAUGAAUUGGGUCUGUGGACCAAUACAACCGCAAUUCAUUUUUUUUAGUAGUAAUGCCUGUGUUGAGGGUUAGGCCCAAAAAAAAUUUAAAUUUGGAAAUCGUAAUGGGUUUCAAAUGCAAAUGAUCUGGCAAGGUUUGAAUUUGGGUUGGCGGUGAUAAAUUGUUGUGCAUAUGAAUUGCUUUAAUUUACAAUCAAUGCAUACAGAUCGUCUGUGAAAAACAGCUCCAAAAAAUCAAGGGGAGUAGUUAAAUUUGCUGUUUCCAUCUGAAUUCUGGGUUGGGCAGUGAAUGGGGGAAGUAUGGGUGCUGUAAAAUUCGUGGGCUGCCAAUCGGGAUUUGCAAGCACAUCCGGAAGGAUACUAGGGACUCCAUGGGCCUGAGUGCGAAUUCUUGGUGGCUGCGGGACAAUACUUGUGCUUGCCACCGCAGCAGCCUGUACAACACUUAUGGGACCCACCACGUCACCAAGUGAUACUGUAGUGCUGAUAUGUGAAAGACCCAUGAUGUACUAGGUCGCUGGUGCUCGCCAGUUCACCAAAAGGUAGCGUGGCACUAGUACUGGCACUCUGCUACAUAUGAGAGUCAUCA